CACACUGACGGUAAUGUUACGUCUCUGUUGCAGCAGCGGGGACGAGCGCGGAGCCGAGAACAAGGAAGCAACAUGUGCUGACCAUAAUAACUCCAGCACAGCAGCACGGAGGCAGCAGCAGGCAGACAUCCACGAGACAAAAAGCACAAGCAGCCCCGAGGACACUCACGCGCUGUCCGGACACUUUGUAUCACACCAUGAAAAGAGAGGUGAAGGCUGGAGUCAACUUCCUCAAACGCCUGGUCAUGGCACGUGGCAAACUGGAUGAAGCCAAGGCAGAAUUGUUUGCUGAGAAGCUACAGAAACUAUUAUGCGAAAAAUACGAGGACCACUGGUACCCUGACAGCCCCAGCAAGGGCCAGGCAUACAGAUGUAUCCGGAUAAAUAAUGGAGUGCUCUGUGAUGAGGCAGUCCUGAAGGCAUGUGAGGAAAGUGAGCUCACACCCAGUGAGCUCGGCCUCCCGCGUGAGCUCACUCUGUGGAUUGACCCCCUGGAGGUGUGUGCAAGAUCUGGAGAGAACAGCAGGCCCUUCACAAUAAGCUUUUUCAAAGAGGAAGAAGAGGAGGAGGAGGAGGAGGAAGAGGAGGAGGGGGGUGCGAAGGGAGAACAGCAUGACUCACCUGGGGAAUCUGUAAACCUAGACACAUCAGAUUACCACUCCGCUACCUCUUCAGAUUGUGGUUCCACUGCAUCGAGCGACACAGAGGAGGAGGCAAAAGACGAAGAGAAGGAGGUUGUGAAGAAGGAAGCGGCAGAAAGCGACACGUACACCAUACUGAUGGUGCCCAGGAUUCGGAAGAGGCGUGGAGAAGGACCAAAUAAGGUCAAAUACGUCAGAAAUAUGAUCCCUGCCAGCCUCCAGUACUUCUACCACCCUUCACCAGUUUGGCCUCAGUACAAGAAGGGCGCUCCAGUGUUUCUGAACACGGUGUGCGUGCCUCCAGCACCGCCUCCUCCACCCCAGCAGGUAUUUGGCUACUACAUCUUGCCGCAGCCGUCUCCGCAGUUCAUCCUGCCUCAGGCCACUCUGCAGCCGUGGGGAGCUGUGAAGGGUUAGGCUGUCCAGGGAAGUGUCUUUCCAAGCUCCUUCAACUGAGCCAUGUUGUGUCAGGUCUCUGAGUCCAGAAAAAAAUUGGGCCACAAAAGAACAUUUUUAACUGUAUUGCUGAAAGUAAUUCCUUGUGCAACCUCUAAUGAUUCCUCUUUUCCUUUUUCAUUUCUGGUGAACUUGUAAUCGAUGUCUUGUACUCAGCACAGAUACCACUAAACUUGAGUGAAAGCUUUGUUUUUGUUUUGAUCAAUCUAUCAGGUCUGCACUGCUAAUUCUUUCUUAUGUACUGUACACACGAAGAAUGACUUCAGUCACUGGGUGCUAGGACUAACUCAGGAACUCUCAGCAAUAUCCUUGAAAUGCCAAAUAAUUGUCUUUUUCUGCAUUAUCUUUGUUGUUUUUGUCAAUCUCUUUGCUAUUCCUCUCACCAGACAGUGUGUACACAAUGUAUACAUCACAGUAAAUCAAUGUAAAAUGUGAUUCAGAGUUUUAAUCUAUUGUAGCUAAAGUUACCUUAUCUGUAUAUUAAGAAGAAUAUUUUUACUAAACUGCUUGUAAAUAAUACAGAACUUGGAUGCACACUUUCUAACCUCACUGAGUUAUUGUUGUAACUUAUUUGGCCACCACAAGAUGGCGCUCAAGUCACAGCUCAUACAUGGACGUGUAUAUUCCUAUUUUUAUUAUUUUUUUUUUUAAUUAACUGGCUGCUCAAUAUUGCACAUGUAACCUCAGAGAACAUGGUUUGAAACUCUCUGCUGUCAGCAAAAUUCCCAAUGUUUCUUAUUCAGGUGUAUCUGUCUUAUGGCCUGCUGAAAGAGAAGCUGUGUGUUUUGUUUUGUUUUUUUUAACCUUUUUUUUAUUAUUGUAAAUAACUUGCAAUGAAAUCUUCUCCUAUAAAUCCUGACCAUUACUCACUGAUCCUUGUAUACUGUGUGCACGUGUUGUAUUAUUUAAUUAUAGUCAUGCUUUAUUUAUUGGAACUUUGUGUGCUUUGAGCAUUUGUUUUGCAUUUGCUAUUUACCUCCUUAUUGCGACCAAUUAAAAUCAUCUCACACCUGA